GCAGAUUUCUGGUCUGUCAAAUUCUAUCCAUACACCGAGCCUGGGGUCGACCCUGUCUUUGCCGUUGUAGGAGGCAAACGUAUACUGGUGUGCCGCCCUCCAACAGGAAAAGAAACAUCUUCGAAGGUUGAGAUCAUACGAUUGAUCAUCGACGAAGAGGUGAAUUCUGGCGGCUCAAACCAUUUUGCAUGUGCAUGGAGUAAGGACCGGGAGACUGGUGAUCCUUUGCUGUGUGUUGCUGGUUCUACUGCCAAGAUCAAGGUUAUCAAUGUUAUAACUGGCGAAUGCUUAAGAGUUCUAGCAGGACAUGGAGGAGAAAUCAAUGAUCUCGCUGUCUCACCUACCGAUCCUUACAUCUUAGCAACAGGAUCAGAUGAUUGUACCGUGAGAAUAUGGAGUUUAGAUCCAGCUCAUGAAGCCCAGCCAUGUUGUGCCAUCUUGGAGGGAGAAGGUCACAAAGAAACAAUAUUGAGCGUAUCUUUCCACAAAAGUGGUAGAUACCUCCUCUCAGGCGGUGUUGAUCACAUCAUUAAUAUGUGGACACUCCCAGAACUUCCAGACAUAAACACCGGUACCAAUCGAACAACACGAAUCUUCUACCCUCACUUCUCCACCUCAGAAAUCCACACGAACAUCAUCGACUGCGUAGCCUGGCACAACGACCUCAUCCUCUCCAAAGCCGCACGCGACCACUCCAUCGUCCUCUGGUCCAUCGCCAACUUCGACUCGACCCUCCCACCACCCCUCCCAUCCGCAGCACCCAUCCACGACCCCUCAAAAGACACCCGCUCAGCAUUCCACUCCAGCACCACCCCAACCGCGCUCUACACCCGGCAUCUGCAGUUCUCCAUCCCGGACUCCGACAUCAUCUUCAUGCGCUUCUCGCUCUUC